AUUUCAUUGUGGAAAGACUGAAGUGCAAUACAGUGGAGCGUAUUUUCGGUGUUGGGUGGCUGCAGAAUGAAAGAGAAAUUGUUUCAACGUUUUCAGUGUUAGGUGGUUACAGAAUGAACGAGAAUUUUAAAAGUAUCGCGUGGAGCUUUCGGUUCCCAUCUCUGAGCUCUCUGUCACGCCGCAAGAUGCCUUUGUCACCGAGGCCUCAUCUUGACGUCCGCCAGUGGCUCAACGUCCUAGACCUCGGCCAAUACGCGAGCGUGUUUGAAAAGUUCGAAGGAGUCGAGGAUCUGCUGACAUUCACGGAAGCGGAUAUCAAGGACUUGGGCGUGAAGAACUCGGCACAUCGGGCAAGAGUGGUCUCCAGCCUAGUAGCACUUCGCACCAAGCAUGAAAAAGGAAACAAGAAGCUCGAGAAACCUCAACGGCACAGUGUCGCCGUGGAUAGCGGGCGAUUGAUAAAUCAACGCGGAAACUCCGACAUCUUCGUUGUUACUGACACUAUCCAGAGCAAGAGCUUAUGUAAUCUCAUAAUGGAGGCAACGCCAGAUCCCACGGCCGAUCCGGUGCAGCUGAAGAAGGCGCUCGAAUGGGAGUUGAGUUUGGACACGCGAGAUUUAAGGUCGCACGCGUGGUAUCACGGGGCCAUCCCGCGACAGCGCGCCGAAGAGAUCGUGGAAAAGGACGGUGACUUCCUCGUGAGGGACUGCACUUCACAGCCGGGCAACUACGUCCUCACCUGCCGCUGGAAAGGGCAGAGCCUGCACUUUGUCAUCAACAAGGUUGUGAUUCAGCCAGACACUGUGUAUGAGAGGGUACAGUACCAGUUCGAGGAUGAUGCUUAUGACACCGUACCCGAUCUCAUCACCUUUUAUGUAGGUAGCGGCAAAGCUAUUUCGUCAGCUUCUGGAGCUCGCAUCCAGACACCAAGAAAUCGUCUUUACCCCUUAUCUUUCUAUGCAACAAAAUAUGGUCUCCAGCAGCAAAUUACUGGCAGUGGAGGGGGUGGUUCUUGUGUUGUUUCACCCCUGGCAUCACCCUUAACAGCAGCUGCUGGCACACUCCGCUACAAUCCGUACAAUUCCUACAAGAGCCCAGUACACUCACCACCCAGAACUAAACGUGAGACACCUCCUCGUUUACCUAGUAAAAAACAACGGAGUCAAUCCCUAACACCGGCAGAAAUAAAUGGAAGACCUCAGCAGAUCAUGUCACCAAGAGGACCAGAAGAGAAGAGCAACAGUGCAGAUGGAGUCAUCCAGAACUCGACAAUGACGCGGUCAGCAUACCACGAAUCCAACGCAGGUAACACUUGUGCCAAACAACAUUCGCCGGUAUCUGGAUCAGCAACUUUGCCGACAAAGAACGGCAAAAUGGUGCGUGUCACCAGUGACCCAGCUCUUAGUCCGUGCCUGGAAAGACGAAGGUUUGGUUUCGUGGGUGACAAUCAACAACUUCAGGACUUAGAAGGAGAUUCUGGUUUAUUACCAGAGCAACCUCCUCCAAAACCUAGUCGUAUACCCUCAAUUAUGCGCACAAACUCAAAAGACAGCAGUGGUAAUGCUGCUCCUCCCUUGCCAGAGAAGGUCAAUAGUGAUAGUGCACAUCAGGAUAAUGGUUCUGGGAGUGGACGUCUAAGUGGCAUACUGGCCACUGGCGCUAGUUGUGACCCUAACCCUUCCUCUUUAUCUCAAGGACAUCAUGGCACUUUCCAGAGAGUAGCAUCAUAUCAUGCUUCUGGAAGUGAUUCUGGAAAUGGUUCUGGAGAUUCAGCUCAGAGUUCAGCAGCGGGGGAUACGACCGAGUCUAUCAAUACUUCAACAUUAUCCCAACAUCGUUCAGGUGGGGUUGUUAUUAAAAAUCCGCGCUACUGUCAUGGGCAUGUUCGUCAACUGAGCAAUUCAGUGCUCGCCACUUCAUGUUCCUCGUCAACUCUGAAACCGCUUGAAUAUGAUUCUGCUGCUGAAGACUCGCUUCUGUUACUCUCAGUCCCUGACCCAGAGCCACCGUCUGCUUUUGACUUAGAAAAUUUCCAGACUUUACUGCUUCCAACGCUGGAGAACAAGCCACUAGAUGCCACAGCACUUCAGGGAAUCAAGAUGAUGCUUCAGGAAACAGGACCAAGAAUACUAGCAAAUCACUUAACCCGGGUAGACUUGGAGCUCACAAUUGGUGGUGGUGCAAGAGCCAGUGGAUGUUGGGAAGGAGACCUGGGUUUGGGUAUCAGUUGUGGCAUUGAGCUUUGCACACUGCCGCAUGGCCACCAACUAAGGCUUGAUCUUAUUGAAAGGACGGAAUGCCUGAAGCUACUUGUGGCAGUAACCAUACUAACAUGUGCAACGGAGGCAGAUCGUGCUGAAGCUCUUAACAAGUGGAUUCAAGUUGCAAUAGACACCAAGACAGCUUUGGGGAACCUUUAUGGCUUCUGUGGAGUGAUGAUGGGACUUUGUAUGCCACAGAUUCAAAGGCUAUCAGCAACGUGGCACGUUCUACGCCAGAAGUUUACGGACAGUGCAUUCAACUUUGAGGCUAAACUUCGCCCAACCUUGAAGAGCAUGAAUGAAUGUACUAACCCACAGGCACCAAAUACAACAAUCCCACAUUUGCUUCCAUUUGUAUUACUGCAAGAAAGAACUCUUGAUGACAUUCUAGGCAUCAACCCUAAUGGCAACAACUCUAUUGUCAGCAGCUGUCUAGGGCCAUGGGAAUCAACUGCAGAUUUUGGUCUUGGAACACUGUUUGCCCACAUGGAAUCCGCACGU